UGUCGCUUGGAAGUAAUGUUCCCCUCUGCAACAUGAAGCCGUGAGUGUGGAAGAAAGCGAGGGAGGCACCAUCGGGCUUUUAUUUUUCUUUUCUUUUAGUUACUUUUCUUUUAUUUCGUCAAACAUCCAUCUCAUUCCGCGUCGUGUCCGCCCCGCACUUGUCUUCGGGAGUUGACGCGUCAAAUCACGCCGGGGACCCUGCCAGCAGCUAACAGCUAACCACACAGCUAGCCAGUCAGCCAGGGACAGAGCUUGUUAGUUUCUUUUAAUUGGUAUUCAGAAAACCCGCGAGUCAACGAGCUACCAGUGUAAAUGUGCGGACAUUUGCCUGAGAGAGUGCAGAAUAAAUGUCAAAUAUCCUAGCUGUCACCCUGAAAAAUAACGAUUUUCAAGCUGCUCGGUUCAACAUUAUGUCCGCGAACUGGCCAUCCAGCCUGUGGGUUGCUAACGUUAACUAAUGCGCAGUGUUGCAUCUUUUUCUAAUGUGCACACAUUAGCAAGAUAAUUAUUGUAUUGGCAUUUUUCAUCAAAUCCAACCACCUUGCUGCAGUUCCGUUAUUUGCUGCCAACUACCUGUUUGAAGCUGGUUAUGUUAAGGCCAAAUUAUGGGAGCAGGAAAUGUGUUGAACUUUUUCUGGUUGUAGGUAGCUACACUGGCCUUGCUGGCAUCUCACCAACAAUCCACAGGGAUGGACACUAAACUGAGCACCCACGCACACAACUGAGAAAUUGUCAUUUCGAUUGUCACGGAUUAAGUAGAAUUACGAUUGCUGACACGCGUGUACACAAGUGCACGGUGGCUCAUUUCACUAGUCUGGGUGACAGAUUGUUUUGCAGGGUUAACUGAAGUACAGUUAGUCACUACAUCGGAGACCAGCUAGCGUGCCUAAAGUGCAGAGCUAGCUCCGGUCUCGCCCCACAUCACAUCACAAACACGGCGUACAGAACGUAUUCAGAGCCCGCUCCCGGCUACACGCACAGGCUCAACAACGCCGUCAUGGGAGUGCAGGGCUUUCAAGAGUAUUUAGAGAAGCGGUGUCCCGGGGCCGCGGUCCCGGUGGACCUCCUGAAGCUUGCCCGUACCGCGGCUCGCCAGCCCCCUCACCACCCACACCACCCCGGGCCCAUGCCUCCCCCGCCCCCGCCCGCCAGGAUCCUAAUCGACGCUGACUCCGGCCUGCAACGCCUCUACGGCGGCUACCAGACGGACUGGGUGUGCGGGGGCGAGUGGAACGCAAUGCUGGGCUACCUGGCCGCCCUGUCACAGGCCUGCCUGUACCAGGGCGGCCUGGAGCUGGUCGUGGUUUUCAACGGCACAUUGGGAAAGGAGCGCUGGCCCGAGUGGGCGCGGCGAGCACAGGGCCAGCGGCAGACUGCGCAGCUGAUCGUCAACCACGUCGGCAGCAAGGCCACCCCGCCUCCCCGGGCAUGGUUCCUGCCCCCGGCCUGCCUCAGCCACUGCGUCCGCCUGGCCAUGUUCCGCUUCCGAGUGCGGGUUGUACAGACUUUGGAGGACCACCACCAGGAAGUGCUGUCUCUCUACAGGGACUUUGGAUUUUCCGGCCUGAUUGCUCAGGAUUCUGAAUUUGCCCUCUGCAAUGUACCCGCCUAUUUCUCAUCGCACGCGCUCAAACUGAGCUGGAACGGCAAGAACUUGACCACACACCAGUACUUGCUGUCUGAGGCCGCCAGGCAGCUCGGGCUGAAGACACAGCACCUGCCCUGCUUCGCCGCUCUGCUGGGAAAUCAUAUUCUGCCUGAUGAAGACCUGGCUGCCUUCCAUUGGAGUCUGCUGGGACCAGAACACCCACUAGCUUCGCUCAAGGUGCGAGCUCACCAGUUGGUGCUGCCGCCCUGCGAGGUGGUGAUCAAGGCCGUCUCAGAGUACGUCUCCUCCAUCAAAGACCUGGGAAACCUUGAUGUCAUCGCCAGAGAUGUCUUCAAACAGUCACAGUCUCGCAUGGAGGACAAAGUGGAGCGAUUCAAGAAAGCUGUGGAUUAUUUCUCGGCUGCCUCCAAACCUCGUUCGCCCAAUAUGGGGCCCGCCUCUUUCAUCUUACCUGGGUUUGGAUUUGGGGGACCACCUGGCCACAUGGGACCGAUGCAGCCUGGAAAGAAUCAGUUCCCUCCUCCCCAGAUUCCGGGGUUAAAGCCACCCUAUCAAAAUGCUCCAUAUGGACAUGGCUCCACCCCUCUGUUCCAGAACCCACCGCAACCAUCCCAACCAUCCCACGACUGCAACAAUUCAAUGACAGGCAAGAUGGGCUUCUCUGAUUGGUCGGCUCCAUAUGAUUCCACUCAGGGGGGAAAUCGAUUACCCAAUCAUCACACCACCACUCAGUCUGUUCCAUCUCCGUCCCCUUCAUCGUCAUCAGAAGGAGAUGAAACCAACGACAGCAACGCAAACCAUUUGUUGGACAAGCCCUCUCGGUGGGAGGAUCCUGCUGGAAGGAUGGGCCUGGCCUCUGGAGAUGGUUCCCAAGGCAACGGGAGCAGAUCACACAUUCCGUCACUGCUGUCGAUGGCGACACGCAGUCACAUGGACAUAACCACACCCCCGCUGCCUCAGGUCAGUGCUGAGGUUCUUCGUGUAGCUGAGCAUAGACACCGAAGAGGACUAAUGUACCCCCAGAUUUACCACAUUUUGACCAAGGGAGAGAUGAAGAUGCCAGUGUGUAUCGAGGAUGAGUGUAACUCUGAGCUGCCUCCUGCCUCUCUGCUGUUCCGUGCUGCCAGACAGUAUGCCUACGGUGUCCUCUUCAGCCUGGCUGAAACACACCGCCGCCUGGAGAGACUCGCUCUCCGCAAGAGGGCUCCCCUGGAAGUUCCUCCAGUGAUUGUCAAAGAGUGGAGCAGCGGUAAAGCCAAGUCGGCCCUGACUCCGGAGCUGGUCCCGGCCCUGUGUUUCAGGGAGUGGACCUGCCCCAACCUGCGGCGGCUGUGGUUGGGUCGUGCCAGUGAGGACCGCUCCAGGAGAACCAGGGCUUUCCUGGCCUGCCUACGCUCUGACUGCCCAGCCCUUCUCAACCCAGCACAGGUUCCACAGCAUCUGCUGCUCAUGUGCUGUGUGCUCAGGUAUAUGAUGCAGUGGCCUGGAGGAAGAAUUCUCCAAAGACAUGAGCUCGAUGCCUUUCUGGCUCAGGCUGUUUCCAGCCAACUCUAUGAACCCGACCAGCUACAGGAGCUCAAGGUGGAGAAGGUGGAUUCCCGCGGAGUGCAGCUGGCUUCUCUAUUCAUGGCCGGCGUGGACACAGCGCUGUUCGUCAAUGAUGUGUGCGGUCAGCCGUUGCCAUGGGAACACUGCUGCCCCUGGGGCUUCUUCGACGGCAAACUGUUUCAGAGCAAACUGGCCCGGGCCGCUCGAGACCGGUCCGCCCUGAUGGACAUGUGUGAGGGUCAGGAAGAGCUGGUGUCCAAGGUGGAGAAGAUGCGUCAGGCAAUCCUCGAGGGCAUCAACCUGUCCCGCCCUCCUCUUCCUCCCCCUCUUCCACCUCCUGCCUUCCUUACCCCAGCUAUGGUGUCCCCUUUCUACCCCAUGCCUCCCCUCUACCCACCUCGCCCCAUGGGCAUGCCUCAUCAUCAUCACCUGCAUCAUCCACAUCACCCUGCCCAACACAGACCCAGAGCCUUCCCAGGCCUUCAGUCCAUCCCCCCUCAGGGAGGGAAACUGGAGAUAGCUGGCAUGGUUGUUGGCCAGUGGGCUGGGAACAAACCCAUCCGUGGACGAGGAGGGUUCAACAUGCAGGUUGUGUCAGUGGGAGCAGGGAGAGGGAGGGGUAAAGAGAUUCCAGCUAAAGUAAAGCUAGUGAAAAAGGCACCUACCAACAGAACACAGACGUCGCCACCCCCCCCAUCCAGCAGUCCCCCAAAGCCCUCAGAGGAGGCGGCCUCCACGCCAGAGGUUGCGACGCAGCAGCUGAACGGCGGCUCGGCAGCCAUCGCCAUCGGCCAGCCCUUGGAUCUGGCCGCCUUGGCCCAGCCAAUCCCGUGUGCCUUAGCCAGCAGAGACAACCAAUCAGAGGGGGUGGAGGUGGAGGCCCCCUGUUGCCUUGACGACUGCCCGUCAGACGGGGUGCUACAGAAGGAGGAGUGAUGGGAUCCUUCCCGGGAUGCACUGCUCUGAGAGAGUACUCUGUGUAUGACUGCCUUUCCCUGUUUUUGUAGCCCCGCCUGUGAUCUGUGCACGUUAUCACCUCGAGCAGGGGGUGAAGCGAGGCUCCUCCUCGUGCUCCCUGCUGCUCGAGGUGAUCAAGCAGUUUGCUGUUACUUCCUUUUUAGUUUUUUCUCAUGUGGUUUUACAUUGUUUUGUGAAGAGAGGUUUUCUCCAUGAGUCUGUAAGCGCCCCGCCCCUCAAAAAUCCUAAAUGCCUCCCUCCCGCACUCAGAGUAAAAUAAAAUUGGAAGCCCCACCCCCAUUACGACCCACCACUUACGCCCCAGCUCGCUUUCCCCCGUUUCCCAUCCUAUGGGUACCUGUCAAGGUAAAAUGUUUUAUUUUGUGUUUUUAAUGGUCCCAUUGUUUGAAUCUCUGCACACAGAUGUUAAGUUUGCAGCUACGCUGACAGAUGGGAUGUGGUUUCCAUGGUCAGUCUGGUUGCCACGGUUGAUAGUUUGUUGUUGCGGUUUGUUGCCACAGCCGUCUCGUGUGAGGUUUGUCUUACAUGGAUUCAGAGAGAUGUUUAGAGUUUGACUCUGGAUAAUGUGAGUACGAUUUUAACAAAGUGUACCAUUCUUCUGUGCAGUGACCUUAAUCCCCACUGCUAAACACACAAUGUUAGUAUAUUUACAAGCAACAUGCCCCUUUAUAAAUGAAUUAGUUAUUUAUCACAGUCGCACUUCUGCACCAACAUGGUAUUAGUGCAUCUUAUUUUGACCCAUGUAGCAUACAUAGCCUUGUGCUUAGCUGUGCUAAGAGACCCCAUACAUUUAUGCACCUUAAGCCCUAAAGUAUGCAAGAUAUUACCCUGCUCCUCCAAAAAAAGGUUCAUUGUUAUAUUAUCUCCCGCCCCCUGAUCCCCCACCCCGCCCCCCUUGUUCUUUUCUCCCAAAGCUUUGAUUGUAUUACCCCAACAGAAGCACUUAAUGUUGUAUUUAAAUGUAAUGAAUUUAAACAAGCCCCUAUAUAUAGAUGAAUUGACAGUCUGAGAGGGGUGUCUGUCCCCUGCGCGGAAGUAAAUCUUUAACAUUUAGAACUACAUUUAAAGGGAAAGAUCUAUUCGAAAGACGUCAGAAUGUGAACAGAGUGGUUUCAGACAAAGAAGCACUUUGUUUAAAAAAAGUUAAACCACACUGGAAAGUCUACCAGGUGAUUUAAAAAAAACAAAAAACUCUUGCAGCACCUUCUGGAGUAAAGGCCCAAAAAACUAAAAACAUAAUACUGCCUGGCAAAAGAUGGAAAUGAAUGGUGAGGACUUGGGUAACUGCUGCCAGGCAGAGUUCCCCUCAGACUGGCCUCACUCAUUCAAUCAUGACCGUUGCAAUGAAGCUGAAAGGACUUCUGAUUCUCCACAUCAAGAAGUCCUGGGAAUCUUUUCAGAUUUCUAAAGUUAUUUCCAAAGUCUAUUUUAAGAAGGCUAGCCGAUUGAGGCAGCCAGUGAUAUAAAAGGGGUGUGGCGACGAAAGCCUCAACGAUCCCCUCCACCGCUAUGGUGGUGAUUGAGUAACGGUUGUCAUGAUGACAGCCCAACACCAUGAGCUGCUGCCCCGCAGAGCUCUGGUGUGUCACUUUAGACCAGCAGGAAGCACUUCCCUGCCCUGAAGUCCUUCAAUCGAACAAGGCGGAGGCUUUACAGGUCGGAUCGCAUGUCAAACGACGAGAGAGAGGGAGGCCUCACGGCGGACUUAAGUGUGCCGCCCACAAUCUGAGACUUCUAAGAUAAGGACUUGCUUUAUUAGAGCACUUACGUUUGUAGAGAAUGAGAUGUGUCCCCAAUAGUAGGUUUCUUCUGACUACGGAAAUACAACUUACCAAUAGCCGGUAGCACAACUGCAGAUGUAAAAGCAGUAGACCGACAGAUACUGCCUGAGAGAUCCUGGCCAUAAGCAUUGUAAUCUCUCCAUACUCACUUGGAGAGGUUGAAAUGAGCUCACCAUGUUAAAAAGGCAAGUCAACAAAGAAGCACCUUAUUUUCAUACUAUGUUGAUGACUUGUGCUCUAUUGUGUGCCACACAAUUGACAUGGAAAAAAGCUCUUAUGAAAGGGAAAAAGCCCUGACUAUAAAUGUAAGUGUUGGUGUAGUCGAGUCAGACAUCCCCUCAGUUACGAACACAACCAUGACCGUUGACCCAGCCUUGAGUGUAGGCCUACACUCGUCAUCACAGGGCUGCGCCGCCGUCUCUUACACCAACACCAAAUGAAAUCAGAGGUCUGGAAUGACUUGUUAGUUAUUGGUAGGAACUAAGCAUACAAGUGCUGUAGGUGUUUAUAGGUUAAGAGUAGGUAACGGCGUCGGGCUUAACACAGGACUUUAACACGGACACAAAGACUAGGCUAGAGAAUAUAGCUCCACUGGCCGAAAUACUAAGUCUAGAAUUACUAGGAGUCAUAUACUAAACUGCUUUCAACUUUCGACAUUAGUACAAAUAUCUGUAUCGCAACAGUACAUUGUUAGAAGAUGUCUUUUCUGUGGCGAGCCAGAGUGUUAUCUGGUAUACGAUGCCCUCUCUCGAUUUGCUCGCCAUAUAACAUUUACAAACAGACACACACACGUCACACACACACACGUCACACAGGUAUUCAGUUGCAUUUGUUACCACCAGCAUUCUCUCUGCUUUUGUGCUGAUGUGAUUUUGUGCAGUUUCAGUUCCCAGUGGAGUGGUCGUCAGUUCAUCAGAGAUCAUUUUUGGUAACACAUUCUGCUGAUCCCCUCAAAAGAAAUCCUACAUCUUCAAGUUAGCAUGGAUUUUAAAACACAUGUUAGAGGGUAGGCACAGAAACGAUCAUCGACACACAGCACGCGCACAAGACAUCGACACAUGGCACACACAGUUACAUGGAUGUUAAACCCUGAGUUACACAGUAGCUAGUAUGAAAAAAGAAAAAAAAAGUCAACACAAUACAUACUGUCGUGUCCCUCUCGUCCUCGUCUGUUUUAGUUCGAUAGAUAUCUGAUCAGUGAUUUUUAUGCUUGUUCUCCUACCCCCCUGCUAUGUCACUUUCUCUACGCACUCCCUCCCCCAAAUGUUCAUUCACUUCUUCUCUCAGCCCCCUAAUCUUCCUCCAUAGAGUACGUGCAUCCACUCACACACACACUCACCACGUCUUCCCAUUAAUAGCAGUCACAUACACACAUAUUUUACACACAGGGUAACCCUCCCAUCACUUCCUGUAUUUCAGUUCUUUCACUCUUAUCACCCCCUUCGCUGCCUCUCCUUUUAGCCCUUUUAGGACCGUUCCUAUUGGACGUUUUUCUCUUUGGGCUGCCCCGCCCCUUAAUCAACCCAACUAACAGUAAAGGAUAUAUUAACAUUGAUAAUCAGUUUAUGUAUGUAUCUAGCCAGAGUCUGGAAAAAAAAAUCAAAAUGGUUUUAUUCAAUUGUGCAAAUGUGUUUAUCUUACUAUUUUUAAUGUUAUUACAUCUUCUAAUCUAAUCCUUACCAUUGCUUCAGUUAGUACUGAAAUACGCUUAGCCAACCUAGAGAUUUGAACUGUAAUGAUUGCGAUUUUCCUUACCUGUAUUUUAUAUGGCAUCUUUAGACCACCGUUUAUGUGCGUACGUAAAUAUUGCCCGUUUUUCGAGAUGAAAAUUGUCGUCUGCACUGUUAUGAUUUUCAUAAUAUCCCUGAUAACAAUUUCAUGGUCGACUCAUUAUAAAUCUAAGCUGAACUCUGCGCCCUUGCACAAAGCAGCAAAACAUUUCUUGUCAACACCUGAGAACCAAAGUGCACCUAGCAUCCCCCGUCUAUCCCCGAUAAAGCACCCCAGAGGCCCCUCCCCCACUCCAACAUCGACGGUUUGCCCCCAGAGUAACAAGUUUUCUGAUGAGUACGAUUAUAUAUAUAUAUAUAUAAAAUGGCAUUGCAGCACGUGUGAUUUAUCUAACAAAGUCAAAGUGAGGUAGCUGUGUUUUUAGUGGGUAGACAGACAGACAGGGAAAGAAGGAAGGAGGUGUGUUUGUGUUGACUGAGUGAGCGUGUAGGCAGAUUUGGACAUGUGACCAAGUGUUAAAGCAUUGAUGGUAAAUUAGCCAGCUGCUGCUUACGCUCAGUUGUAUCUUUCAUUGACUGAAUUCAGGUUGUGAACUACUGCAUACGCUCAGAUCGACACUAAUGCACAGGAAGGAACGACACCCGACAAAUAUAUACCUUCAGUCACGUUGGGGUUUUGGAGCCCUCUUUUGUGUUUUUCUUACAUGUAAUUGUUGUGAUCUCUCAAAUUUGCCUUUUUAAAGUCCCAGACUCAGAUUGAUGGAGCGACUUAUUGCUGUACUCAGCUUCUUCAUGUGUGGGCUUGGAGGCUGCUGAAAGUGGAUGAAUUCUCCUCAAAACACAAAUAUAAGAUUACUUGGAAUCCUGAUGGAUGUCAUAGUACAAGCAGGAAAUUCACCUGUAUAAGGAUGAAGCAACUAGCCUAGAAAUAGAUUAAAAUGUAACUACCACUAAAUUAAAUGACAACGUCUUGUUCCAUUGUUUCGUUAAGAUCUGAAGUGAUUCGUCAAUAAGUUGAUUGACUGAAAAUAUACCAACGACAAAAUCAAAAACAUGGCUUUAAUAGUGUUAAUUGGUAAAAUAAUCAUUGCAACCUUAAAACACUGGUUAAUUCAAAAGAUUACAAUCCAUUGUUGAGCUUUCUCUCCAUAAAAAUGUAUUUCUAGUUUCGUGUCUUGAGGAAAAUUCGCCGUCUCUGACUGAUGAUGAAAUUACAAGUUAUGAUAAAAACAUCCUGCCUCACUUCCGAUACGCAAAUGGGAGCGCCUCUGAAGAGCUCGGCGAUGUUAAAGAGAACCAAAAGUCCCAGAAUAGAAUAUAUAUACUAUGUUGUAUUGUGGACGUAAAACAGUAUUAUUGUCUGUCAUACAGAAUGUGGAAUUGGAGUCAUCGCUUGUGUUGUACCUGUUCUAAUAUAUUUGCAGGAUUCUCACAGCAUGAUGUCCAAUCUGAAUUAAAGUCCCUGUUCUGUCUGUCUCUCUCUACACCGUCACCCGCCCCCUCAACAGCCCCCAAGAUCCAGUAUAAUCCAGCCCCCCCAGUAAGGGCCUCAAGUUGAUCACUUUGGGUCAUUUCUUGUCAUGUUGGUCAGCCGUGCCCUCAGCCACAAGUAUACCGAUGCAUGUCCUUCAGUACCCAGGGCCACCCGAAACUACCUGUGCAGGAAAAAGGGUUCAAAUUGAUCCAUAAUACUAUUGUUAUAGAAAUAUUAUCAUCAUUAUUGCUUUUAUAAUUAUGGUUGGUAUAAUUUGUCAUCAUUGUUAGCAUUAUGGAAGCACCGGACUGUUUGUGGAAAGACGAGAAGAAAAGAGAAAGCUUUUUUUUGUUUUUUUUGUCUGGCUGUUGGUCUGAUUUCACAGAGGGAGGGGAGGAAUGGUUCAGAAAGAGACAAAGAUGGCAGUCAUGUUUGUACUGGUUGGGAAAUGACUUACAGUGCUGAAAUAAAAUUUAUUCUUUUAGUAAAAAAAGUA